AUGUCCAUAACAAAUCUUCCAACGGAGCUUCUGAGUCAGAUCUGUGGCUAUCUCGAACCAUCAGAGUGGUGUGCGCUUCGCAUUACUUGCCAAAUUCUCCACGCAAAGUCAAGAGAGGCAUUCGCUGAUCGAUUUUUCAAGAGCAUAUGCAUGCUUGUUUCACAAGACGGAUUGAAUGGCCUCGAACAAUUUACUACGAAUGAAUUUAUUCGAACGCAUGUCAAGGAGCUUCUGAUUGUUCCAGUAUUAUUUGAGGGAGAAAGCAACAUGAGUGUUGCCCGUUUUCGAGACACCUCCCAUUCAGUGCAGGACUAUGGGCAAUAUCAGUCAGAGGUUGCGGAACAUUGUCGCCUUCUCGAUUCCGGGGCUUUUGAAGACACCCUUACUCGAUGUGUCGCACAGUUUGAAAACUUAACAAUGAUCGGACUACAGUCUUUAACGAUGGCCUACCGAGUAGCAGGUCGAGAAAGAUAUUUCCCCAGAUGCUUAGGGCUGCGCAGCUUGGUAAGAAGGGUGCCUUGUGGCAGAAGUGGGAUUCAGCUCUACAUUCCACGGCGGGACAGGGUCGAUUUCGCACGGGCCCACUCUAGAAUAUUGUCGGUCCUAUUCAAGGCAAUCGUUGCUUCCAAUCGCCCACUCAGAAAAAUCGAUACGUGCAAGGACUUCCAUCUCGGCUGUACAGCAGCGGCUUUUACGAUUCCAGAAAGUAUACAGCAAUCUUUGAUACCACUUGUGCAAGAAUUGGAAACUCUGCAUCUCUGCCAACUUGCUGAGAGCCCCGAAGAUAAUUCACUCGACUUCAUGCACACCAUUCUUGUCGAGGCUGCUCCCUCGCUAAAAUCUCUGACUUAUGGCCAAUGGUGCCCCAAUCGAAAUAUGAGCCCAUAUUCUUUGACUUCCCUUGUCGAGCGCGUAAACUUCAGGCGGCUCAUGGAACUCCACCUUUGUUGGGUGGAGAUUACUUAUAAUAGCUUCGAAGAGCUUUUACGCACAGCGCAGCCAACCUUGCGGAUACUGAGCUUACAUCACGUGAAUCUCAAUUACAAAUCCAUGCCCUCGUCUGAAUCUAGUAGUGCGGAGGACUUGAAAAAGACUGAGAUUACCAAGGACGAGAUGAUCCAGGCCUGGCGCUGCAUUUGGAACACCAUUCGAGAUGAAUUAUCCCUAACUUGCCUAUCACUAUAUAAGCUCGGAUGCUAUGGUCUUGAGGUCAAUGUUCGAGAUGGCUUUAGUCGUGGUUUUACUAGUACCAUUGGACACACUGAGGCAUGGUACAACGGUACGCACACUGACAUUCCCAUCCAUGAAUGGAUCAACAAUCUGCGAGCCAGGCCACGAAUGGAAAGAAGCAAGCUUCUACCCGGGGGUAAGUGGUCCGGUCAUGCUCCAACUUCUUUGUGUACUAUGCUAAUUCUGCCUUUCACAGGCCCUCUAAUUGGUAAUGACCCCUCAACUGAUGUGCAAUCUUAUGUCUCUUUAGUAGCUUCACGCUAA